UUUUGUAAGCUUGGAGGCUCCCUGCGCAUGGGUACGCGGGAACUGUCUGGCUUGCUGUAUAGGCACGCCUAGAGUAUACCCGACAGUGGUGUCUACGUCGUCGGCCCGCGAGCUCCUCGAGAUUUUUUCCAUAUUUCACCCGUCAAACACUACGCCCAGCCAAUUCAACAUCCACAGGCCUUCCACACACGCGACUAUGUCUCUCAUCUGGCGAGAAGCGCAUGUACCUCACAAUUAACAGUUUUCCAACAGGAGCAAGAAGACGAGCACAAGCGCUCGAGGCACUAACAUCUUUCCGCCCUCAUAACAAACACGCGACAGCGCAAACCCUACACAAGAAGACGUCUCGUCUCGCCCACAAAACGACAAAGCUACCAGACUCACGGCUACGGCUCCCUCAGUUCGUUAAAAGCGUAUACGCUCGACAGCGACGCAGGAGGGAAGCGCUGCUGGUGAUGUUUCUUCGCCUGCUACCCAGUUUUGCGGCGUCGCUGGGCAGCAUAAGAACAUGUAUUGGUUUCAGAGCAACGAUGGAACAUUGUCAACGUUUGGGCUCGUCUCCUCUUGAAGAUACCGGCGACUUCUGGAGGUGGGUCAUCAGCACUACGUUUUGUUACUUCCGAGGUAGGCUAAGCUCCUUGACGGGCCGUAGGCGCGGUCAGCAUGCUCGAGAUCGCGGCCUUCCGUAUCAUCUAGCCCAAGGUUUGUGAGGUGGCAUGAACGGACCUUCUGAGUGCUACCAUACCUUCCCA